CCUCGUUCCCCUCUCCCCUCCCCUCUUCCUCUUCUCCUCGGUGCUGUCCUCACCCUGCUGCUCCUCCCCCUCUCCCCGGCGACGCCCGCCGGCUCGAGACAUACCGGUCAGCCAUCAUCUGUAGCCAGGACUGCCACCGCCCGCAGACUCCGCUCAUUGUGAAGCAUCUCAGCCUACUACCACGUUUUACCCGCAUACUACAAUGGCCGCGCCCGUGGCCCUCCGUAACCAUCAUGUAGCUUACCAGGCGGCCGUGCUGCCCGGCGCCUCCGCGCGCCGCUCCGGGGCAACGGCGGCGAGCAAGAAGGCCCCCCCGACGUACCGCUGGGUGCCCACCGCCCGCGCGGCCUCGCCCGGCGGCCGCUCCGACGGCUGCGGCAGCGAGAGGUCCUCGCGCCCCGACGUUCUUACGCCCUCCACCGACGCGGGCGACGACGCCUCCGACCGCUUCCCCUACUCCUGCGACGACGCCUCCUCCGGCGCCGAGAGCGACUUCGGUGAGGCGUUCGAGCGUUCGAGGCUGAGCAGGAUGCC